GAGAUCGGGUUCUACCCGAACCUGAAAUUAGCCGUGCUGUCCCGGACGUCCGAGAUCCGCCACGAAGACAAGAACAGGUGCAAGAAACGCCUGGUGAAUUACAUCGAGGCGGAAUGCGCCUUCGUCAACACCAAUCACCCUUCGAUGAGGCGGAAAGCCGUUUCAAUCGAGGUGGACAAAUUUGCUUUAAAAACAACAAGCAACAACAAGCGGGAUUCUUCUGAAUGCCGAGGACAGACAUUGGGAGGCCGCAUCCCUUCCGUCUGUCGUGCCUGCCUCCCAAUUGGGAGGCAGGCACGAUGGGGCACGAUGGGCAGACGAUGCCCUGACACUAUGUGCGGCAAUGCUGAUACCGACGACCCGAGCGUCCACCAAGGCAGUCUCCUCGUCGGGAACGAACCCUGGCGGCUCAACAUCACGCGAAGUCGUCUUCACUUCUCCAAAUCGGGCCCUCUGGUGGGCAUCGACGUACAUGCGUAUCGACGACUGAGAAAUGGAGACAUCUGCAUUGGGGUGAAGAACGACUACAAGAAAUGUGCGAAAACGUUCAUCAUUUCUUGGUUCGACGGCGGAUUCCUAUGGGACGAGAACGCGCUGAUCAUGGAGGCGGUGUACGACGGAACGGAGGGGAAAGAAGUCGGUGAGCAAUGGGAAUCCAAGUUCAAAGAAGCCGGGAUUCACGUCGUCAACUUA